GUACUAAACUGUGUUCUUAAAUUUAUUCGUGUAAGGGCUAACAACACCCAGACUCAAAAACGUAACGCCUCCCCCUGCCAAUGUUUACAUAAUUUUUGCAUUCCUCCCGCACCGGUGAUUCCGAAAUUUUCCGCAUCAGGACACCAUGGCCCCACAGUUAACGGAGAUCCCCCCGGAACCGAAAACUCCCGAGGAACACGAAGUUUUCCGGAACCUGUGGUCGAUACGACCAUGUUUCUUCUACAACGAAGAGUUUGACGAUUGUACCAGCAUCAAGGCUCGCUUCCAUCAGUACUUCAUCCAUGGCGAGAGCAUCGAUUGUAACCAAUGGAAGAGGGACUUCGACAACUGUGUACGCUUUGAGAAGAACCCUCGGGACACCAAAAGCGCAAUGGAACUAAUCGAAAGCGAACGCAAUCGACGGCAGGAACGAUUGAAGGCACACUUCGGCAACGAUGUGUGGAGGAAAAGAGAAAAGGUACCGGAAGAUUGGUCCAAACCACUGCCAGAACAUCUCACCAAAGAGUACGAAAAUUCCUACCUGGAGCUAAAAUCGCGAGAAAUGCGUGGGGAAGUGGAACCUUCAAAAGACGACGGCCGAUCGAUGUGUGUCAUUAUGUAGCACAUACUUUAUUAGAUAUAGCGAUAAUAUUAAAGUUUAAAAUGUUUGUCAAUUCA